AUGGUGUGCUUUUGGAUUUGUACCCUACUAACAUUAAACUUAUUGUCUGUAAAUGGCGUACCUAAAGAACCGUGUGAAGAAUGUGUACCUGCACAAAAUUGUGCUUUUUAUGGUCAAUUGAAUAAUAAGGAGAAAGAAGAAUGGGUGGAAAGAUAUGAAUCUAGCUGUCAAUCAUCACACAGUAAUAAACCAGGCCCUCUAUUUGGAUUCUCGUCAUCAGCGAAAGGAGAUCUGGUUUGUUGUCCAAAUUCAAUUUGGGGGACGGAUACGCCGCAAGAUUCAUUAGAUAAUGACAAAAACAAUUUAAGUAAAAAAAACCAGCAUGAUUAUAAUUCAUCAAAUACUAAUGAACAUAGUACACAAGAUGUUAACAUUGGAAAUUUACCCAGUACAUUUUCAAAUAAUAAAAACCUGAAUACAAAUGCAGACAUUAAAAAUAGUAAAUAUUUCGAUAGGGGUAAUAUGUACGACAAUUUCUUUAUGAAUCCUUAUGAUAAUUCUAAUCAGUACCCUAAUGGCCGGCAAUACAAUAAUCGAAACCCAAUGUCAAACCCUAUAAGACAAGGUUUUGAUGCACAAAAUCAGAAUCCUUAUUUCCAAAGUGUGAAUAGAAAUAACAAUAUGAAUGGUAAUCCUUUUGGGUCACGUAAUAUAAAAGGUCAGUGUCCUGUUACGAGUUUACCCCCCGAUGCUCGAAUUGGAUGCUGUGGACUAGAGGCUUCCGACGAUGAUAGAAUUACUGCACCAUCAGCAUAUUUUAAUCAAAACGGCUGGAACUCUCGUAAUGGCCGGAUAUAUCCUAGAGCAGAUUUACCCUCGUGGCAGCGAAAAUCUCCAAUGGAUGACUAUAGAAAUUAUAAUAGACAAAAACGCGCCGCAGAAUCAGAAAAAGUUAAUAUCACUAUAGACAACCGUAUAGCAGGUGGUAAAGAAACAGAAUUAGAACAAUUUCCGUGGACAGUUUUACUGAAAACUACAUUCGACUAUGGAACAAAUAUAGCCGCUUUCAGCUGCGGGGGCUCACUUAUCAGUUCCCGUUAUGUGUUAACAGCUGCACAUUGUGUCGUUGACGAAGGAGCCACAGUUCAAGAUGUCGAAAUAUACUUAGCCGAGUUUGAUAAAAGAACAUUCCCAAGAGACUGUAAAAUUGUAUUCGGCGAAGGUCAGAAAUGUAUAGAAAAUAUAGUGUUGCACGCUGAAGAAGUAACUCCACAUCGAAAUUACGACAACAAUAGGCUCGAAAAUGACAUAGCAUUAAUACGGCUCCGUGGAUCCGCUCCUUACACAGAUUAUAUCCGACCUAUCUGCUUACCACCUAUCAAUAUUGACGACCCAGAUUUCUUCAAUUUACGACUAGCGAUCGCUGGCUGGGGUCGCAAUGGUAAAUACAAAUCCGACAUCAAGCAAUAUACAUUUGUGAACCUCGUAACACAAAGACAAUGUCAGAGGUAUUAUCCACAUUUGUCGAAAAUGCAAGUCUGCGCGGCGGGACAUUCUGGCGAAGAUACGUGCAAAGGGGAUUCCGGAGGUCCACUAAUGAUGGUUUACGAAGGAAAGUACUUUGUAGCCGGUGUUGUUAGUGGUAAGAGAGCUGACUCGCCAUGUGGUACAUCUGUGCCGUCACUUUACACCAAUGUAUAUCAGUACCUACAGUGGAUUCGUGACCACAUCAGAAAUUAA